AUGUACUAUCUCGACGAAUUUGACAACCUACACCAUAGCGAUCAACAACCGCCAAAGGUCAUUUUCACGCUCGAAGCUUUCCACUGCGCCAUGGCAUACGAGAACGCAAUCCCAAUUGGCGUCAUCAUCGGAUUCGUCUCGACCAUUAUCAUCCUGAUCCUCAUAUUGCGCUGGCUCAAGCACAAGAACAAUCAGAAGGAAUCUCGUGAGAAGGACAUCGAGGCAGCCAAGGUCGAGGCUUCUGCAUUCGAUGAUGGAGCAUCAGAUAUCUUGACACCAGCAGCGUCGCCCAGAGACGCUCUAUUCCGUCCAAAUGAGCGUGGAAACGAUUCUGUCACGAACUUGCAUGCUGUAUCGCACAAGACAGAGAAGGAGUGGAGAGCUGCCAGACAGGCUCAAGGGCAUGCAUGA